ACUUAAAUGUGUGUCAUGUUUACCUUGAGCCCGGUUCUGCAGGAUGCUCUCCACACGCUUCACUGUCAUCUCCAACACUUCGGCAUUCUCCAUCUUUGAUUGCAACUGCAGCGGGUGACAAAAAGCAAAACUCCGGCGAGGCGGCUUUUCCUUCAGACCCACACAACGCUCGUUCGUCAGAGAAGACGCGCUUCUGAUGUCACUGAGUCCCGGGGGCGAGACUCGCUCGCUGCUAUAAAGUCUUCCCUGCUCGGUGGACGAAACCAGCUCACUGAAUCAGACAGGCCUACGGGAUAAAAAAGAAAACAUACACUCACCAAACAAUCAUGGUGAAGAUCACUUUCCAGACAGUUUCGGCGCAGAAGCCUGAAAAAGACAUCGAUGAAGACAAGAUCGUUAUACCUCAGGCUCACGGGCAGCCGGCGCUUCCUGUCAGCACCAAGAAGCCUUUUCCAACUGGUCUCUGCUGCCUCACUUUCGGCCUGGUGAUCUUCAUGUCAGGACUAGUGCUGGCCUCUAUCUAUGUCUAUCGCUACUACUUUAUACCUCAGCAGAUCCCAGAAGACAGCUUGUUCCACUGUCGGGUUUUCUAUGAGGACUCUGUGUAUGCUCCUCUGAGAGGCCGGCAAGAACUUGAGGAGAAUGUCGGCAUCUACCUUGACGACAACUACGAGCAGAUCAGUGUACCUGUGCCACACUUUGGAGGCAGCGACCCUGCUGAUAUCAUCCACGACUUUCAGAGGGGCCUCACAGCUUAUCAUGACAUUGCUUUGGACAAAUGCUACAUCACUGAGCUGAACACCACUUUGGUGAUGCCUCCAAGGAACCUGUGGGAGCUGCUCGUCAACGUCAAGAGAGGGACGUACCUUCCUCAGACCUACAUCAUCCAGGAGGAGAUGGUGGUGACAGGCAGGGUGAGGAACAUGAGAACGCUGGGCCCCUUCAUCCACAGGCUCUGCUACGGCAAAGAAACCUACCGCCUCAGACGCCGCAACCAGCGCCGGCGUAUCGACAGGCGUGAGACAAAGAAGUGCCACAGGAUUCGUCACUUUGAGAACACGUUUGUGGUUGAGACCGUCAUCUGCGACAGGGUCUGAAUCUAAGGCGGAAAUCACAGCCAUCCAACACUGAAGCCAAUUUCAAACCAUACCUCUUGAAUUAUUUACGCGUUUAACUGCACUUUAAGAGCAAGUGUUUGUCCAACAGUUUUACUUUCAGUUUUAAUGUUUUUGUUUUUGUCUCAAGUUGGGAAUGCUCUUUCAUUGUUCAUGUACUAGUCUUUUUUUAAGAUAGUCUGUAUAUUUGGAUGAUGUUAUAAAUGUGUUCAGAUAUAUCUGUAGCUUGUCGCGUUGUGCAUAAGAUGUUAAUGUGUGUCCGUUUGUGACAUUUUCAUCCGAAGAGUUUGAUUUUAGAUUUGUAACUUAUUGUUAUUUUUUAGUAACCCAGUGCACUGUCGGUGGUGGUAUGGAUACUUGGAAGCUGCUUGCACUGUGCACUUUGGUUGUCACUUUUAUUUUGUUUUGAAUGUCAGAAAAUGGCAAAACAUACCUCAUGUAGUUUCUUUGCUGGUUUCUAUCAUUAAUGAAUGGUGUACAUAACUUUGAUCGUUCCUAAGCAAUAUAUACUGUACAUUGAUUUUGAACAUACUGUAACAUGCAUAGAUUUUUAUCUGAAAUUAACUUGUUUUGUGAACACUCAUUUCUUUAUUGUUUGUCUCUUUAUUUCCCUUGGUAUCACUUUUCCUACAACUUGGAGUUAAAGGCUUUAGACUGUAAUUAGUAGCAGUGCUUUAGAGGGACAGAAGGAACCAAAGUCUGCGAUGCUAUGCUUCGUGAUAAGGAUAUGUGAAAUAUUUAGAAAGAAUGCUUUUUACUGUAGAUGAUAUCAAAGGCUAAAAGUCAUUUAGUCUUACUCUUUCUCUUCUUCACGUGGAUUUGCCUGUUGUCUUUAGCUCUUGCAAGUUCCCAGUCAUUCCUAUUUUGGCAUUAUUAUCUCUACAAUGUUCAAUCGUCUCAACUUGAAAAAACAAAUGGGGUUUCUGGAGCAAAUAAAUCUCUGUUGGGAGAGACGUGUGAUAUGUGCUCAUAUUUCAUCAUCAUGGAUAUUUCUGCUGUACAGUUGAUUUUUCUUGUAAUAUCUUGCUGCUUUAAGAAUAAAUUAUGAAACUUG